UUGCCUUUUUUUGUUCGUCCUACUAAAAUCUGUCCAUCCCAUUUUUGUGGGAUAUUCAUCUCAAUCUCAACCCAAAACCCACAAGCGUAACUCCAUUUGAAGCCUGAUGAUUGUUCUUCAUCACUUGAAUCCCUCCACAAUUGAAUCCUUCCAUUUUUUCAACCCCUCUUUGCUUAUCAUCAAUCAUGAACCUCAAUGUUUUUGUGUUCUGGAUCAUACAGAUCUCCGUCCAUGCAGUUCCAGUUGUUUCUGAAACCAAAGCGUCCGACGUUUCUGCAUUGAAUGUGAUGUUUAGCAGUUUAAAUUCACCUUCACAACUCUCUCGUUGGAAGUCAAGUGGGGGUGACCCAUGUGGGGAUUCUUGGGAAGGGAUCAAAUGCUCAGGAUCAUCCAUCACUGAAAUAACUUUAUCAAACUUUGAACUGAGUGGAACAUUAGGCUACCAGCUUUCAAAUUUGGCUUCUGUCACCUCCUUUGAUUUGAGCAAUAACAACCUGAAUGGCGAUAUCCCUUAUCAGCUUCCCCCUAAUGCAGUUUCCAUCGAUCUUUCCACAAACAGCUUCACCGGAAGCGUGCCGUAUUCAAUAUCUCAGAUGUCUAAUCUUCAAGUUUUAAAUCUUGGGCAUAAUCAGCUGAGCAACCAAUUGAGUGACAUGUUUGGCAACGUUUCUAAACUCAACAGGAUGGAUCUCUCAUUCAACUCGAUUUCAGGAGACUUACCUCUAAGUUUUAAGAAUCUUUCAAGCCUUACUGUAUUGCAUAUACAAAAUAAUGGAUUUACAGGUUCUAUUAAUGUUCUUGCUGAUCUUCCACUCAAAGAUUUGAGAGUCACAAAUAACAAGUUUACUGGAUGGAUUCCUGAUAGCCUUCAGGACAUAGAUAAUUUGGAAACUGGAGGCAAUUCAUGGUCAUCUGGACCAGCUCCUCCUCCACCACCAGGAGAUAUGGCAAAGAAAAACAAGAACAAAAACGGGUCAAGCAACUCAUCCCCAAAAGUAAGUGGAAUGGCCAUAGCAGGAAUAGUGAUGGGAGUAUUAGCAGUAAUCGCCAUAAUCAUAGCAUUGUUCUCAAGAAGGUCACCUCCUUCCCACUUUCUUGAUGAAGACACAAACCAACACAGCGGAUCCUUAACUCCACGCACACCCCAUCAACCGUCCAAAGAUUUGCACAAUAACACUAACAAUAAUAAUGCAAUUGAAAGAAAAUCAUGCACCUCAGAUGUCUCUGUUGACAUAAAGCCUCUCAGUGGGCUUAGGCCUCCUCCACCUUUUGAUGCUGUCAAGCCCUCCGGUGAUACUCAGCUUGCAAGCCGCCUCAGUUCCAGGAGGAGCACUUCCGUGCGUGUCAUUUCCUACUCAUUGGCUGAUUUGCAGACUGCUACUGCUAACUUCGCUACUGGUCGCCUUCUUGGUGAGGGCUCAAUUGGACGUGUUUACAAGGCCAAGUAUGGAGAUGGGAAGGUGUUGGCAGUGAAGAAGAUUGAUUCAUCAGUUUUUCAAGGAAGAACAGAGGAGUUUUCUGCAGUAGUUGCUGUCAUUUCAAAGCUUCAUCACACCAACAUUACAGAAGUUGUUGGGUUCUGUUCAGAGCAGGGACAGCACAUGUUGGUUUAUGAAUAUUUCAUGAAUGGCUCACUUUAUGAGUUUCUUCACAUGUCGGAUGACUUCAGUAAGCCACUCACAUGGAACACUAGAGUCAAAAUUGCUUUGGGGACUGCAAAAGCUCUUCAGUACCUUCACGAGGUUUGCUCGCCAUCCAUAAUUCACAUGAAUAUCAAGUCCUCUAAUAUAUUGCUCGACACGGAACUCAAUCCCCGUCUCUCGGACUACGGUUUAGCAGCAUUUUACAAGCUAAGAAGUGGAAGGCCUGGAGGUGGAUAUGAUGCACCAGAAUGCACACAGGGUUCAAGCUACACAAUGAAGAGUGACAUUUACAGUUUGGGAGUGGUGAUGUUGGAGCUGUUGACCGGGCGGAUGCCUUAUGACUCUGGGAAGGCAAAGAUGGAGCAAUGUCUAGUCCGAUGGGCAACCCCACAGCUGCAUGACAUAGAUGCAUUGGACAAAAUGGUAGACCCUGCAUUGCGUGGGCUAUAUCCGCCGAAGUCCGUGUCUAGAUUUGCAGAUAUCAUCGCCCUUUGCGUGCAAUCGGAGCCUGAAUUUCGGCCUCCCAUGUCGGAGGUGGUGCAAGCCUUGGUGACUCUGGUUCAACGAUCAGCAUGAAUGUGAGAGAUGAUCUUUGAACCUCUCAAGGAAUGGAUGACUAUGAGUAUUAAUUUUAUGUGUUUCAUUCAUUCAAUACAAAUAAGUCUCACGUUCAGAGAAUUGGCCGUUCUAUUCGUUCACACAUUCAUUCGUGGCUAUGUAGUUUUUAGUUUACAUCAACUCUUUUCCCUUUAUAUUUCCACAUGAAUAGCCUUAGACUAUUCUAUUAGUGAUUCAAUCCUAUGUAGCAUGUUCACUUUC